ACAAGAAAGAUAUUUUUCCCGAUACGAAUAUUCUGCCAAAAUCCAAAACUAGUUUUCUGCAUUCUUUCAAAGAGAAAAAUAGAGUCAAGUGUGGUACUCGCCGGUUCGCUGCGUUCGAUGGGUUCCGUGGUUUGAGGUACCGCUACGCCGGAAAAGGUACGUCCUUUCUAUCCUGGGAGGAAUCAUUCCAUAACCUUGGGUACUUGAGGGGAAUAAGAUUCUUUAAGGAGAGAUAGUGAAUUCUAUCGGCUAGGACGCUUGCAUUUGUCUUUGCAUGUUUUCUUAAUCUUAUGUGUUUGCUUGUGUUGCAAGAAAAUAGUAUACGUGAACAAUUUCCCCAACAACAUUUAGACAGAGUAGUACCAAGUAAAAAAGAACAAUGGCAAUAGCGUAGUGAGCUAAUUUCUAAAUUUUGUAUUGAUGUGAUGACUCGAUAUUUGCACAUGUUUUCCCCUUUGUUUCUUGAUCGUUUGAGAUUUAAUUAUCGCGUCUUUGGCCUAUUUUACGCUAGGUUGUGUUCCUUUGUCACAUUUCAGGUCCUAGCACAUAAAGUGAAGCAUAGGCGCAAGUUUCAAGUCAAUUAGAGAUCAAUUGGCGAUUGGGGAGAAGAAACUCGGGCUUGACCUAAAGAAGAAUGGAUUUCUACCUCACUUGAUGGACAAAGAAUCAUUCAAGCUUGUCAUUAAAAGAAAGAGGACGAGACUACGAGCGUCUGGGAUCAAACGGCGACUGAUUCGGAGUCCGGACGAGGGAGAAACGAAGCAUUGAAUAUAGGGGAACAUGUUCGGCAGUAAAAACACGGGCACGCCUAAAUCAAAAUACGGCCGUGCCCAUAUUUAGGCACGACCGUGUUUUGGCCGACGCGCGCGGGUGUGUGUUUAACACGGGGCAAAACACGGGCGGGUAAAAGCAAAACACGGCCGUGUCCUCAACCGUGUUUUGCCCAUAAUCGGGUUUUUUAAGCCAAUUUCGAGCCCAAAGAGAGGGAGAGCUGGGUUUUGGAUCCCAAACACCCAAGGGACGAACCAAAGAGAGAGAGAGGGUGAUUUGAGGGAAUUCUUGGAGUGGAAUUGGAGGAUUUCUUUGCCUUGGAAGCUCGAGGAACAAGCCCGGACUUGAAGACUGAUCAUCUGAAGAUUCUUACUGCAGUCUCUCUCUUCUCCAUGGAGUAACUUCCCUUCACUUAGGUUUUGAGGAACCCUAGCUAUGUUUGUUUGAUUGGAUGAUUGUAUGAGUACUCUGACUUGAUAAUCUUGAGUUCAUAUUCAAUCUAUGCAUGUUUUCAUGAUUCAAUUCUGCUUUAGUCGAGAUUAUUGAUUCUGCUUUGAUCCUAUGAGAGGGAAUACCUGAUUAGGUCAAUAGAGCACCAUAGAUUGAUAGUAGUGGAUCAAUUGCUUUAGUUGAGGGUUGAUUCACUGCUUUGUAUCGAUUGAGAACCUCUUUCGAUAGAGGGAGUCUAGUUUAGAACGCCUUGAUCAGUUGUUCUAGAGAAGGAUACGUCCCUCUAGGCAAUUGACUCAAGAGGGCCUUGUUCCUUUAGUCGAGACUCAAGGUCUAGUCAAGGAUUCUCCGCAUUGUGAAUGAAAGUGAAACAAGUUAGAAAUCAUCAAUCGUUAGUCUGGCUAGUGGCUAGGGGGAAUCAUACCUAAGUGAGUUCCCAACCUGUAAUUAUAUUAACUUUAACUGUAGUUUGCUAGAGUAGUUUUAGUUCUUUCAUCUUAAUCUGGUUUGCUAAAUAAUAAACUGAAGCUGAGUAAUAGUAACUCUAGAGACCCGUGGAUUCGAUAUUUAUCACUUGAGCCACUAUACUGCAGUCCCUUCCAUUGGUUACACUUGGCCAUUGUUAGGUGUUGUGUCGUAGCGAGUCAAGUUUUUGGCGCCGUUGUCGGGGACUUUCUAGAGUAUUAGGAAAGGCAGAAGUUUGUUACUUUAGCAUUUUUCUUUUCUUUUCUUUUCCACCCUUGCUUUUCACUUGGGUGUUUUUGUUUUUGUUGGUGCAGAUCUGAAUCAUGGAUCCUCAUGGCUUCUCCAACAAUUGGGGGUAUCCACCACCACCCGAGUGGUAUUACCCCGAGACUCCCUGGAGCAAUCAAGGAGGAGAAGACUAUGGAUUCGGGUUCCAGUUGUAUUAAUCAAGGAAGUGAAAAAGCAUUGUAAUCUCAUAAACUCAGCUGUAUUAAUCAGUUGGUAUUUAGCAUGAUCAAAUGAUACAAAAGGUCUUAAGCUUACAGCCUGGAACGCCCAACAAAUGCAUAAGGUUUGCACUAACUUCUUAUGGCAUGGUGGCGAAGAUGGGAGAGGUAAGGUUGGGUGGGACAGACUAGCAAGGCCUCGAAUUGAAGGAGGGGUAGGUCUUGAGGAGCUGUUUUUCUAGAACCAGGCUUGUACUACCAGGAUGAUUUGGUUACUGCUUAUGCAAAGCGGGAUUAUCUGGGUGGCCUGGAUCUCAUAGUAUAGGAUCAAAGUAGGUGGCAUUUGGAUAAUAGGAUCCAUGAUAAGCCGUUAAUUGCACAUGUUUUUACCCCUAUUCUGGAGCCGUUUGAGAUGGUAAUUCUCGUGUUUUAGGUCGAUUUCACGCUAGGUUGUGUUUGUUUGUGAUAUUUCAGGUCCAAGCAAGUGAAUGAAGGUUUAGGAGCGAGUUCGGGGUCGAUUGGACGAAGAUCGGGCGCGAGGCAAGUCAAAAAUGAAGCCACACAGGCACACACACAACUCACACGGCCGUGCAAGUGACCAAGGAGGCCGUGUGAGAAUCUGCGAGCCUUCACACGGGCACAAGUAAAAUCCACACGGCCGUGUGAAGUUUCAAUUUGGCCGUGUGAAAAUCUACGAGGCUUCACACGGCAAGGCUGGGUGAGCUACACGGCCGUGUGCCCCUGGCCGUGUGGGAAGCCUGAAACCCAAUUACUCGGAACGCGGCGUUUUGACCUCACACUGGCAACUGGGUAUGCCACACGGCCGUGUGGCCUGCCCGUGUGAGUCGGGAAUUUCUGGUUUUUACCCAAUUUCGGGCUGCAAGUGAGAAAAUCGGAUUUUCAGAGCAAAAACAGAGCCCUAGAGAGAGAAAGUACGAAGAACACAUCCUAGAAGCUAUCUUGGAGCUGGGUUUCAUCAAAUCGAGCUUGGAGAUCGUCAUAGGAGUGGAAAUCAUCAUCCCAGAGCAGAUUCUUCCCAUAGUUAUGAGUAUGACUGCUUUGUACUCUGUUUUCCUCUCUCUCUCUCUAUGGAGUAGAACCCUUCUCUCACUUGGGUAUGAAGAACCCUAGUUCCAUGUGUUAGGGAUUUGAUUGUAAUGACUUGGGAUGAUAUUACUGUUUGGUUUUAAUCGAAUGAUGCAUGUUUAUUGAGUCAAUUGAAGUCUGAUCAGCUUUUCCUGAUUUAUGCUGCAACCUGAGGUAGAUAGAAUCUGAUUAGGUUGUUAGAGCCUCAUCAUUCGGUAGUAGGAGAUUGGCUAUACGAGAGUUAGCUAGUUUACUGCUUUGUACUGAAAUCCAAUUCCAGUAGUGGAGUUCUGUUCUUAUUGCUUCAGCUUUUUAUCCCGGUGAAGACUAGUCGUCUGCAAGGUAGUUAGACUGAGAGGGCUUGGUCAGCUUAAGAGAUUCCAAGCUACUGUCGGAUCUUUCGCAGUCUAAUCAACAGUAAAUCCCCCUAGGGAAAUUACAAUUGAAACCUAACUAAGGAGCUAGGGGGACUCAUUCCCGAGUGACUCUUCUUUGCUUGAGAAAACCGUACCAAUUCCUGCUUUCUUUCUGCUUUUGCUUAAAACAACAAACACUUAACUAGUUGGCUAGAUAAUAGAUACUCACGGAGUAAGUAGUAGAUCUAGACCCCGGGUUGAUAAUAGAACUUGCCAUUUUACUGCAUUCUCGGACUGCGAUUACACUUGGUCGCAGUUUGGUGUUGUGUUUUGGCGUGUCAAGUUUUUGGCGCCGUUGCCGGGGAACCUCUAGGUUAUUGGGGAAACGUGCAAAUCUGUUACUCUAGCUUUUUCUUUACUGCAUUUUAUCUCUUCCACCUGUGUGCCUUCACGGGUUGCUUCUGCUGAUUGUGUGCAGGUAGUGCAUGACCCGUAGCCAGUCGGGAGAUCUACUACCACUAGACCAGGAGCUUGAACGAACCUGCAGAAACUUCAAGCAGGCUCUAAAGGCACGACUGCUGCGGAGGAGGAGCUAGCACAGCUGCAGAUCGCUGAAGAAGAAGAGAUGGGGGAUCCACAGGACCAUGAUGUGGUCAUUCCCGAGGAGCAGACCAUGGGACAUUACCGGACCGCCAGGGCUGCAGACAUGAGGUCACCCAUUCAACACCCUCAUGUCCCAGCCAAUAAUUUUGAGGUGAGCACCUCAGUAAUCACCAUGCUGCGCAGUUCAGUGGUGUUCCGAGGAAAAGAGGGGGAGUGCCCUCGUUCACAUCUCAGGCGAUUCCACGAGCUCAUCGAUGGAAUCAAGAUCAAUGGGGUCCCAGCAGAUGCCAUCCAGCUGAGGUACUUCCCAUUCACCCUGGAGGGGCAGGCCAGGGAGUGGCUAGACACUCGACCUCCGGGCUCCAUCACCACGUUCGCCAACCUGGCGGACAAGUUCCUCACCCGCUACCAUCCUCCAUCCAAGACGGCGGACCUGCAGAAGCAAAUUACCCAUUUUGCUCAGGACGAGGAUGAGACCAUCAGGGAUGCUUGGGAGAGAUACAACAGUCUCUUCCUGAGGUGUCCCAAUCAUGGUUUCAAUGAUGCUUUCAAGGUGGGAACCUUCUAUCACGCCCUCUUCCCAGAAGACAAGCAGCUGAUUGACUCAGUUUGUGGCGGGAACAUGCUGACCAAAACACCACCACAGCUGAAUCAACUCUUUGACGAGAUGGAAGAGAACGGGUAUGAUUGGGGCACUGCUAGGAGGUCGAGGAGAGCACCAAGCCGAGGUGUACAUUCUGUGGGAAACCAUUCCUCUGAUUUGGUGCAGGUGGUGUCGAAGUUGGUUUCAGCUAUCGAUCGUUCCGGGAUGAUUCCAGGGACCGGACAGCAGCAGGCGAUGCUCUGCCAGUGGUGCGAGAGCACCCAUCAUACAGUGGAAGACUUCUAGGCGAUGAAGGAAUCGACCACAGCCCAGGAGCAGGUGAACUUCAUCAAUAAUGUUAGGCGCAAUGA